AUGCCUCGUAAACAAUGGUCGAAGCUCCGUUCAGAUGCUGUUACCGCAGCGCACAAUCCCACUGCGGAUGUGUCUUAUCCAAAGAGUGAAUUGGUACAAAAGGCGAGUAGGACUAGUGGCGAACGGUACAAAGUAGCAGUUAACAGGGGGAUUAGUAGAGAUGAUAACACACAAGAGAAGGAACACAGUUUACAAUCACAACAGCAAGAACCUAAUCAGCAGCAAGAGGAUCAUCAAGUAUCCAGUGAUGAUGUGUUAUCCACACGCAAACGGAUUCGAAUUGAGAAAUCAGUAGAUAGUACGCAAGAUAGUAGUUCUUCAGCGAAACCUUCUGUAGUAUUUACUCAAGUAGAAUCUCUGCAACUGACACCACCAGUAAAGGUUAAACACCGUACAAUGGAUACUACUACUAAUACUAUUAUUCCAGCUAGUAAGGAUAAUUCUCCUGCUCCUGCGGUUGCUGGAAAUGAUGGGCCUAUGAAGUUGGAUAAUAAUAUCUCUCGCACAGAAGCCGAAGUCCUGCAGCAGCACGGUCCUUUAACGCAACUCAACAGUAUUUACUUAUCACAUGGUGAAAGUAGUCAUGAUAGCAGUAUCACCACAGAAGAGGAUCCAGCAGAAGAAAAAGUAGAGGAAAUGGAAGAUCGUCUUCGUCGCCGUAGAGAAGAAUUACUGCAGAUUUCACCUGGGAAACUCGCCUUAUAUACACGCCUUGCAGAGUGUGGUAUAGAUGCAAUAGAUCGACCUUUUGUAACCUGUGCUGUGAAGCGAGCACAAACUGUCGUUGCAGAGUGGGCUUCAAGCUUCAUGUAG